AUGUGUACGACUAAUGCCCUUGUGAUCGCAGCAGUCGUUGAAGCUGAAUUUGCUAAUCAAACACGACGACGGGGUUCUCGACCGGGGCGUGCACCGAAUGAGGAGCGAUUUAGGGAAGCAAGAGGCAAAAGCAUGAUGGAAAAUUACUUUGUUGAACAUCCAGUUUUCUUUGAUGAGGAAUUCCGGACACGCUAUAGGAUGAGUCACAAUGUUUUCAACCGCAUCUCCGGUGACCUUUGCCUCUAUGAUCGAUACUUUGUCCAGAAAUCUGAUGCUGCUAAGAAAGUCGGACUACUUCCAGAACAGAAGCUGACAUGUUCAUUACGAAUGCUUGCUUACAGUGCUGGUGCAGAUCAAUGCGCUGAGUAUUGUCGGAUGGCGAAAUCUAUCGCCGUCGAGGCUCUUCAACGAUUUACAAGAGGAAUCGUUAAUCUGUACUCGGCAGAAUACCUCCGGCCUCCUACUCCGGUAGACCUUAGAAGACUGCUCGCCAAAGAUGAGAGAAGAGAUUUUCCUGGGAUGAUUGGAAGCAUAGAUUGCAUGCACUGGACAUGCAACGACCUCAAUGUUCUGGCAAAGUCCUCGUUAUUUAAUGAGCUUACUACUGGUCGAGCACCUAAGAUUCAAUUUCAAGUGAAUAAUAUAAUUCAUAAUUUAGGCUACUAUCUCGCUGACGGUAUCUAUCCUAGAUUGGCGACUUUUGUGAAAUCAAUUCCAAGGCCUACAAGACCCAAGGAUCUCAAGUUUUUCCAGGCUCAAGAGGGGUACAGAAAGGAUGUUUUUGAGGACAGUGAUGAGGAACUGGAGUCCGAUGAAGAAGAGGAGAACAAUAUGAGGCCCAGGUUGGCUACGGUUUGGGAAGGACCGACAUGUGAUGACUUUGAUCCUGUUGGUAGAGAUGGUUAUUAUUUCAACUGA